CGAUGGUACACUACAUUGGUAAAAUUAUACAGAAUGGGCCCAGGGUGGAUAGCCGCGGCUUGCGGGGGACGGGAACGGGGAGAGGCGGCCGCUCUCCUCGCCCAGACACUGGAGGCAUGGCCCCACAGAAGCUCUGCUCCGCCCCCCAGGACUGGCGGCGGUUAUCCCGGUCCAACACGGAGAAGCAACCUUCACACAACUGACCUAGCGGAGAGGCCCAGCGAGCAGCGGGGCGACAUGACAUGAGGUAACAUGGCUGCCCCCAUGUGUACCCGGCUCGCAGGGACUACGGACCUCGAGACCAGGCUGGAUGAGCUGAUUGCCAGAUUCUGGAUGAGGCUGGCAGCCAGGGAGCAACAGGCAGACGCAAACAUACCUACUGCAAAACAGCUGACACUCCCCCGCACAGAGCCGGUGCCACCCCGUACCCCAGGGACACGCAAGGUGAGUCGCAGACAGCAGAUGAGUAGAGCAUGCGGGCUAAGGCGACAUCAAUUACCUGCGGCAUUAGCAAGCCACAGAACUCACCCGACAAACACUACACAACGUCCAAAGCACUCAAAGACGACCCUGAAGAGGCCGCACACCACCACAGAUGGAAACAGGAAGCGGAGGCCACGUCAAAACCUACAUGCCGAAACGGAAGCCUACCCAAGCACACUUCUGAGCACACCCCAGACUAACCGCCCGGCAUACCUCAUCAUGCAAGGGGAAUAUGCCGUUACUGGGACCAUACACUCUUCUUCCGAGCUGGGGGUUCACCUGGAGGUAACCCUCCUACGCCAUCCAUACACCCAAGAAGAUAGCCAUGCUCUGGCAGCUCCUUGGGCCCAUGACCCUGUUUAUGGGGUCAAUGGACUUGUGGCAAGGGCCUUUGCUAAGGCCUCGGGCCGAAGACACACGGCACCUAGACGACAAACACCCAGGAAAUGUGUGGAGAGAACCGUAGCGCGGGGAGCUGGGGGCCUGGAGGGUCCGGGCAGAUACAACGAUGAGGUCACUAUGAGGGGCCAUUGACCAACAUGCCUCCCAAAACACACUAGUGGCAUC